AUGGAGCGUGGUUUUGCCUCCUUUGAGAUAGGAUACUGUUCCAUCCCACACACAACCCCCGGCUCCCCUCGAGAGCGGGUUACGAUUCACGACUUGCCCGUGGAACUCUUGCGCCUCAUCGCGGACCACCUCGACGGAGGCUCCCGUGCCUCCCUUGCCCUCGUCGACAAGCACAUGCUUAAGGUCUUUGGGACUGGCGCCGUCAACCGCGAUCAAGUUAGUCGCUUACAGCUUCUCCAGAUCUUUGAUCGCUGCAACAUGUAUCCGGACAUGAUCCUGUGUUCUAUGUGGUCAAAAAUCGACGGAGAACCUCUCGAUUGGGGCUCUGACGUGGAGUUGAAGCCCUGCGAGUCUGUGGUUGAAUGGGCCUCUGGAUUCAUCUCAUUCAGCAUGGUCACCGCCAUCAUGCAAUCUCAUCGGCGCGCUGACUCCCGCUUUCCCCGUUCCCUUUUGGACAGCCACAAGAUCUACGACCUCGGGGGCGGCGACCCUACCUACACCUUCCAGAGAACCACGAGGGUCGUCCACGGACGCCUGAUGAUGAAGUUGACGAUAUGGGUGCUUCCCAGCAAAAAUAUCUCUGAGGACUUGCUUAAAGGGGUGGGCAGUCUCCUUCACGGCCUCCAGAUUCACCGAGAAGUCGCAAACCCCUGCGCCCAUAUUUCGUGGUCACAACUCUAUCCAUUCACCAUCCCUUCAAAUUACCCGGCCCCGAAGAACGACAUCUUUAAAUGCAUCUGGGAACACCCCUUGGACUGCGAUAAACGUCAGUGCGGAGAGCUCCGAACAAAUCUUAACGUGGUCCGCGGUUGUACAGCGUGCUAUACCGAUUUCAACCUUAUCAAAUGCGACAUGAUACAGCCAAAAAACCAGCGAGUGCUCCAGUUCACCACCUGGAAAGACUUUGGCGAAGGCAGGACCCAUGCCGACCAUCUGUGGCAAUCUCACAUCAACCCUAAUUGUCGUUCGCUAUAUCCCCAAGUCUACCUCUCCUCCUCCUAUCCGGUCGGAGGCAUCAGCAGGUUUUGA